AUGGCAGCCAAAUUCUCCCUCUUCCCACUCCUCCCCGCAGAACUCCGCACCCAAAUCUGGCAAGAUGCACUCCCCGACAAAAUCACCCAGCCCCUCUACUUCUACAAAAAAGGCUGCUGGUCUCGCCGCCUCGUAACAGAAGCCGAUCCAGACUACGACUUUGAAGAUCCCCACCUCAACUUAAACUUCGAAUUCCGCCACGAGCUACUAGACGACGUUGAAUUCGAAGUCCCUCUCUUCUACGUUAACCGCGAAGCCCGUGGUUUCGCCCUAGCCUGGGUACGCGAGCAAGGUCUCAAGAUACAGUUCCAAAAUGAUAAAGGGUGUCUCGUGUUCAUCCGCGCGUUUGACCCCAAGCAUGAUACAUUAUACGUCCCCCUGAAUAAAUGGGACGAAUUCUGCCGCGAGCCGUUUGAUCGAACUUUCGAGCCGGAUCUUGUGGAGCGGAAUGUUAACUGUCCUGCUCCGGCAUUUACGCGUAUUGCUGUGUCUGAGGUGCUUCUGGGGGAAGAGAUCAACCCGCUAUGUGAGCUUUUUGAUUAUUACGUCAGUAUUCAGGAGGUGUUUGUUGUUGUCGAUGCACCACCGGAUUUAGAUAUACAGCCUGAGGAGAACAGUGAAGAUGAUGGGGAGAGGUUGCAGAGAAGGUGGGAGAUUGAGAGCGGUGCAAUGGGAGCGAGAUUCUGCUGGGAUAAUGAUCGUGGGGAAUUUGAGUGGGCGGAUAGGGAGGGUUUCGGCGACAAAGUUUCACGCGAGUUGAUAGAGGAUGCUACUAACGGGAUAAGCGAGAAGCUUGUGGAGAAUGGAAGGCGCAGAUUUGAGGUUCGGCCUGUCCUUGCUUUCAGGAAAUGA